AUGCACUAAUUGAAGAGUUUGUUAUUAGAGAAAUUUUUAAAAAGCAAGGCUUAAUUGAUAAUAAAAAUUUGGAUAAUAAAAAUAAGAAAGAAGAAAAAGUUAUAAAUAACUUGAUCUCAAAUAAUAAAGGAAAAAAAGCAUUAGAAGUCAUAAAAAAAUAUCUUGAACAAUCACAAUUUGCUACUAAAAAUAAUAUUUAUUUGUUGUAA